GAUUACCUCGACCCCGAUCUCCGCCGCCGAUUCAACACCCUCCGAUCUCGAACCUCUGCCGCGCCAGCGCCGGAGAACAAUCAGCGGGGGAGGCGGCCGGAGGAGAAGCAGAUGCCCAGAUCGGAGGAUGUGGGAGAAACCCAAGACGAUCUCAUGGCCAGAUUCGCCGCUCUGAAGGCUUCUCUUCCUGCUUCGUCGUCGUCGUCGUCUUCAUCUGUUUCGGCGAUACCUCGGGAUGGCGAUGGAGGAGGAGAAGAAGAAGAGGAGGAGGAAGAAGACGAAGUGGAGAAGGUGAUCAAAUGGGCCAUGGACGCUGCACGUCUCGACCCUUCUCCUGAAUCUGACGACGAAGACGAUCACAACCACAGAUCUGAUGAUGAUGAUGAUGAACACCAUGAUGGCAAUGUUGGAACAAAGAAAGAUGGCAAGAGAUAGCUCUUUUGGCACAGUCUGGAAGGUUUUGUACAUCGAUUUACUCUGAACUGAUACAAUUGGUGAAGAUUGAUGCUGUGUCCAAAGUCGAUUUGAAUCCGUAUCACUUAUUAGCUACUGUGAUCCGACAGUGGAAUCUAUAGAACUCUGGUUUUGUUGUUGUGUUCCACAUUUGCCUUCUCUUUACAGGAUGAAAUAACAUUUGCGUUCUUCGAU